GACCGCCAUAGCGUUUAUAUUGUAUGUUAUCAAACAGUCCAAUUUUCUUAUUUAUAGACCAUUUGAUUUAAGAAUAUGGCUAUAGUUGAAGAUGAAGUUAGAAAUGAAUCGGAGGAAGAAAACGAAAUCGAAGUCGUUGUUGAAGAAGACGACGCUGACCAAGAGUCGGAUGAUUCAGACGAUGAUGACGAUGAAGAAGCAAUGGAGAAAAAAGUUACUGAUUUGGAGCAACGAAUAGCAGAAGAUCCAUAUAAUUACAAUGAUCACAUUGAGUUGAUACAGGCUCUCUGGAGUCUCUCAGAGUUGGAUCGAUGGCGUACCGCCUUCGAUCGAUUACAACAGUUAUCAUUACUACGCGCAGAGCACUGGCUUCUGAGACUGCAGACAGAGGAGACUCUGGCCCAUUCGCCUCAAUCCCGGGAACACAUUGCUAAACUAUUUCAAGAAGCCACACUAGACUGUUAUUCCAUUCCUAUCCUAAGCGAGUGGUGCUCGUGGUCGCUGAGCGCAGGCGAGGCGGUCUCUGCGCGCGAACAGCUGGACGAGGUGUUGCGGCGCGCCGGCGCAGACCCGCUCUCCGGGAAGAUCUUCUGGGACGCUAAGCUCGAACUGGAAAAGGCGAAACUCGAGACUAUGAGCGAAGCCGAUCCCGACUACAAGGAGCAGCGCCUGCGCGUGCUGUGGUGCCUGGAGGAGGCCGUGUCGCGCCCGCUGCUGCGCGGGGAGGAGGCCUGGCCGGCGCUGCAGGAGCUGGCGCUGGCGCUGCACGACCAGGACUACGUCGACAAGGUGAAAAAGCAACAUGACGCAGCCGUGGAGUAUCUACAAAAAAUAACACCGUUUGAAGACAAAUUAUUAACUCUAGAGGAUCCAGAAGAAAAAUCUAAAGUGUAUCUAGAGUACAUAGAUGUAAUAAAGGAAUUAUCCAAAGAAGAUAAAUAUGCGGAAUGUGACAGCAACGGUAUACUGAAGGUGGUGUACGAGCGCGCCACGUCGGGCGGCGCGGGCGCGGCGGGCGCGGCGGGCGGCGCGCUGCUGGCGGCGCUGGCGCGGCUGGCGCAGCGCACGUCGUCGCGCGCGGGCGUGCAGCGCGUGCUGGCGCUGUGCGCGCGCCGCUGUCCGCGCCGCGCGCUGUUCUGGGUGCUGCGCAUGCAGCAGGCCGAGCGCGACGGGAAGGACUUCGACGAGGUGAAGUCGAUCUUCGAGUCGGCGCUGUCGAAGGGCAUGGAGUCGUACAAGCAGGCGGAGUCGCUGUGGCUGGCCUACCUGGAGUACACGCGGCGCCGCACCGACUUCGACGACGCCGCGCUCGUGGAGCGCCUGCGCCGCUCGUGUCGCCUGGCCUGGGACUCGCUGGCCGAGGCUUGGGGAGAGGAGGCGAAUGAUUGCGAAGUACCUUUAUUCUGGGCGCGGCUUGAGUACAAAAGAAUAAAGGAUCCUGUACAGGGGCGAGAAAUUUUUGAAGAAAUAUUCAAAUAUGGCGAAAAUAAAACCCUAUCCAAGUACUGGGAAGCUAUAAUUCAUCUCGAAAUGAUGCGGGACCCACCAGCUUCCGAACGCAGAGUGCGCGAGCUGCACCGGCGCGCGCUGCGCUGCGUGAGCGACUACCCGCCCGCCGUGGCGCGCCUGUGGACCGACUACGAGCGCGACCACGGGCAGCUCGCCACCAGCGUCGAGUGCGCGCAGCUGUGCGAGGAAAAACUCGAAGAGUGGCGCGAAAGUUACCAGGCGAUGAAGGAGAAAAUGAUGGGACAGAAGCAGAAGGGCAAACAGGCCGCGAACAAGAAGUCGAAAGUCGAUAACAGAAAGAAAAAGGAGGAAAAAUCGAACAAGGGAAAGAGAAAGUCUGACAGCUCAGUUCAGUCCAGUUCCCAAGCGAGCGAGGUGAAGAGAAAGAAGGAUACAGAUAUGGAAGUAGACGUCGAGGAAGACAAGGAGGGCGAUACUGGGGGAGGGGUUAAACGGUCCCACGACGACGACACAGAAGCGGCAGAUAAAAAGCGACAACGGAGAGAGUCGUCCUCAGAAACUACUGGCGCUGGAAGAGAAGCCAGCACCUUGUUCAUCAGCAACCUUGAUUUCAAAGUAAACGAACAGAACUUGAGGAAGAAAUUGUCGGAAUUCGGGGACAUUGUUUCGUUGCGUGUGAAAGCCGGUGUGAAGGCUUUCGGUGGAUCCAUAUGUUACUGUCAAUACAAAUCGCCGGAGUCAGUAGAGAAAGCUCUCAAGCAAGACAGAACUCCGCUGGACGGAAGACCAAUGUUCCUAUCUCGGUAUUCGUCGAAGAAGACGAAGCCCACGUUCAAAUACGCGAUGACCGUCGAGAACAACAAGCUUUUCGUGCGGAACCUGCCCUACUCGCAUUGCAAUAAGGAAGCUCUAAAAGAAAUAUUCGACAAGUUCGGCAAGUUAAACGAUGUUAGGAUUGUCACAUUUAAAGACGGCAAGCCGAAAGGUUUAGCGUAUGUAGACUACGAGGACGAAAAUUCAGCAACCGAAGCUAUAAAACAGACCAACGGUCUACUCGUAGGAGAUAGAAACAUAGAAGUGUCGGUGAGCGCUCCGCCCCCCAGACAGGAGCCGUCCACGAGCGCCACUCUGGGGCUGCCUAAGAGGGAUACAGGAGGGGGAAUGCGACGAACACAACUGAGCAGUUUCAUACCGAGGGUAUUACAGACCGCGUCGACUAGCAAGUCCACUAACGGAGACCAAAGCAACGGCGAUACGAAGCGGCCGCUCAGUAACAACGACUUUAAAAACAUGCUCCUUAAGAAAUAAGUGCAAUUAUACCUAAGAUUUUUUCACUCAAGAUGAAGAUGGCGGUUAUGUAAUUAAUAAAGACCAAUAUAAGGGUUGAAUUUCACUAUUCAGUGAUGGUUAUCUUUGCCUAUUAACUAAUAUGGUUACAGUCGAAAGACAUAAUUACAUUUAAAUUAAAAAAUUUGAAAGUAUGGAAAUUGUUGGUGUAUGCAAUGUUUUUAUACUAAAUUUUACCACAGAUUAAAUUCAAACAAUAGGUACUCGUUUGCGUAGAUGUGUGAAGUUCAAGGAAUUUUUUUUUCAAAUCUACGCUAUCAGUGCCUUUUGAACGAUAUGAAUUUAUAAUUUACCUUCCUUUAAUAAUUUACAUUUACAAAAAAAAAAAACGAUAAUUUCCGGCGUUGAUAUAUUUAUAUCUAAAUUGUAAGAUUCUCAAGUGAAUGCGAUACAUUUUUAAUUUGGAAUAGCAAUAAAAAAAAGUUUAAUAAAUUUUUUUUUUCUGUAAUAUGUGUUUAUGUGUUUUUUAUCAGGGAGCAUAUUACGAUAGCAACAUUGCAUACUUCACAAAUGGCUUCAACGACUAUGAAGGUUGAUCAUGUAUAUAUUAUAUAUUUAGUACAGGCAUAUAACUGCUGAUUAGUAAAUUUGUCCCUUGGGCUUAUUUUCGGGUGCUUUAUGUUUCGUACUUUGUUACGCUUGUUAGUAGAUAUUAUUCGCAAAUUACCAGUGCUGAUCAUGGCACAUUAUGAGGACUUGACAACAUCCAGUGGAAAACAUAUUUAUAAUAUUAAAUAUAUGUGUUCAUUAAAACAUAUUUUCGUAUAUGUUCGUUAAUUAUAUCUUGUUCGUCUUGCAGCGGAGCUGGAAAAGAGAUAACAUGCUAUCAAAUAUUAAAUAUUAUUGUGUAUUUGUGACUGUUUAGAAUAACAUUGAACAAAAUUAAUAUUGUUAUGAUUGUAUCGUGAAACCUUGGUAGUGUGAAAGCAGCCGAAAAUAAGUUUUUUAUAAGUGUACACGUGCAAAGAUUCUAAGAUCUUGUCUUCAUAUCAAAUGCACAACACUAAAGCGUCGAGCUAGCAAGUCCUACUCCACAUUUACGUACGUAUAAUUGACAAUAUAUUCUAAAUAAAUAACCCCCUUACUAAGAAACGUUUUUUUAACUGUGCAUUAGUUACACAACGCUUUGUUUUCUUCUUGCGUAUGUCAAAAAACUGAUGGCGGAAAGAGAGAAAUUGCUAUACAAUGUUUAUUAGUAAGGUAGGCAUAAUACACGUCAUUAUUGAGUGUACAUUAGUGUAUACAUAAGAGGCCAAAAGCCCACUAAACCUAUAUACGUCUAUGUACGCAUUUAUAUAGAUCCUCUUAUACACACACACACACAACCAUGUUGUAAAUAUUGUGCUGUCUUCACAUUUCCUCUUGAAACGAUUACGCAGUGACUUUUAUUAUGACUGAUUUUUGUAUUCUGCUUUGGUGUCUAUGUAAUAUAUGGAAUGUUUGUUCCAAUUGUUAUCUUGUAAAAAAAACCGCCCAAUUAUAGUGAGGCGUGUUAUAAUGAACUUCUUGAGUGUAUAACAGAGAUUUUUUUUUUCAAAAUUGAAACCGAUUUGUUACCCUGGUUUCGACGAUGUUGUUUAUAAGUUUUGUUUAAAAAAUAUUUGUUAUUUUGUAUCAGGUAAACUUUUAUGUCAACGCUCUGUAAAAGCAAACUUUGUUUUAUUUUUAUUCAAAUUCUAACCUGCAACGCGUUAUAUUGAUGAAUAAAACUAAGUAUAAACUG